AUGUUUUACGUACUAACGCCUUCCAGAGGGUUUGUAAAGACUCCUGUUAGUCCGACAGUGCAAUGGAAUGCAGAACCUGCAAUUGAUGAGCGUACCGCGAAUGCGGUGAUGGUGAUCACUAAAAUCCAAACCUUCAGAGAAUAUUGUUGGAACAUGUUGAUGAGUAAAACAUAUUUCCUCACUCUUGGCGCCUUUUUAGAAAAUUUUUACAAUAGGAGCCUACGGAUUGGACGAAAGAUGGCGAACGAACGAAUACUCUUGAACAGUACCAACUAUGAGAUCUGGAAACCCAAAAUGGAGGAAAAGCUUCAAAAUCUUCACCUAUUGGAAAUAACCUCAAGACCGCCUUUGAUGACUCAGGGUUCUUCAGCUGAAGACCUAGCCUGGCUCUCAAUACUCGAAAAGGAAGCUUAUGACGUUAUAAUGGAUAAUUUAGAUGAAAGCUCUGUUAUGAUCGCAAGCGCUUACACUGAUACCAAUCCCAAAACAGGAUCCGGUUUAUGGAAAUACCUUCAAAAUAGACAUUCAAUAAAUGGUAUUAUCAAUCGUACAAUGUUAUACAAAAAGUUUGCGAAGAUCCAAUUCACUACACUAGAUACCUUUUGUGAUGAGAUCCGAGUAUCUAUUGAAGAAUUUUCUAUAGCUCAACUCGAGAUUCCAAAAGAUUUAUUGGUUGUGAUGAUCUUUGGUAAACUUCCUGACUCAUUCGAUUAUCGUAUUCAACUUAUCUCUCAAGAUUUAAAUCAUGAUCAUGAUGUAGAGUAUGUGUUGGGUCGUCUUGAAGAGGAUGACAUCACUUUUGACCAGAUGAGUGAGCCGGCGACGGAGGAAACAAAUGGAUUCCGGAAAACGAGCUAG